GGCCUCGGGCGGGCCGCCCCGGAAGUGACGCGCUGCCCCGCUGGCCGUGCGGAAGUGGAGAUGGCGGAGCUGUACGUGAAGCCGGGCAACAAGGAGCGCGGCUGGAACGACCCGCCGCAGUUCUCGUACGGGCUGCAGACCCAGGCGGGCGGACCCAAGCGCACCCCGCUCACCAAGAGGGUCGCCGCCCCGCAGGAUGGACCCCCCAGAGUCCCUACCUCAGAGACUUCUGGGGCACCCCCCAUGGGGCCUCCACCUCUUUCAAGUAAGACUUCCAUGCCUCCACCUGUGAGUGGUUGUCCUGCCUCCAGUCUAGAACCUACAAAUUCCCCAGUCACUGAACAUGAGCCUCUGCUGGAAGAUGUGCUGACUCCUUUGGAACAGGCAUUGGAGACUUGCCGUGGCCAGACAAAGAAGCAGGUAUGUGAUGACAUCAGCCGACGCCUGGCUCUGCUGCAGGAACAGUGGGCUGCAGGGAAGCUGUCAACACCUGUAAAGAAGAGGAUGUAUCUGCUGGUGAAAGAACUUUCAAGUCACCGAUGGGAUGCUGCAGAUGACAUCCACCGCUCACUCAUGGUGGACUAUGUGACUGAGGUCAGUCAGUGGAUGGUAGGAGUUAAAAGAUUAAUUGCAGAAAAGAAGAGUCUGUCUUCAGAGGAGACCAAUGAAGAGAAACCUCUGGCCACAGCUGAGGAAAUCCAGACCGUACCAGGUGUCCAACAGGCUCUAUAAACCCGGGUUUCCCCGACUCACAUCACAUCAUCCUCCUCUGCCUUGGCACGAGAAGCUGCCUCUCACUUGACCCUUCUUCCCAUCUGGUUAGCCAUCUUACCUACCUGGGCUCUGGCCUGACCUAUCUUGGGGGAAGAGGUCCCACCUUGGGCCACAGAGAGGUUAUUUUCCCAAAACAUACACUUCAA